UCCUUCCCGCACACCCAGCAGGCUGCAGCCGGGACCCGCUGGCGGGGUAGGGCGCCGGAGCGGGGCCGCAGGACAAGCUGCGCCUUGGGCGGCGAGCGGGACUCGGCGGCGGCUCCCCGCGUCCGGGGCUGGGAGUCGGGAAGCUCCUGACACGCUCUGGGGCUGCCGCGGGCUCCCUCCGCUAGACACAGCCGGGCUGAGGCCAGCUUCAUCGGCACCCCCCAGCAGUGACGGGGGGUCUUGCACCAGCAUCGCCUGCACCCCUCCCCCAGCAGUGUCUGGGGGAGGGUCUUGCACCAGCAUCUCCUGCACACCUCCCCCCCCCCCCGCAGUGACGUGAAAGGGGCAGGAACUAGCCUUGCCUACACUCAUCCCCAGCAGCGACGGGGGAGGACUUGUGCCAGCAGUGGCGGGGGCUGGUUGCAGCAUACCUUUUCUUGCCUGCAGAAGCGGCCUGGGAGGUUGGUAGCAAAAGCACUUUGCAGCAGGUGAAGGGUCUGGGUCUAUCACAGAACCAAGCUGGUGGAGUUUGGGGCUCUUCAGUUCCUGGCGUCGCGAAGUGCUGCUCUGGAUGUCAGAUUUUCCACUGGGAGCAUCGCAGCAGGGAUCUGUCUUGCCUCUCCUGUACUUGCCUAACCCCUGUCUCUGACUGCCCCGCUACCCAGAAUGGCAGCCAUCAAAAACUUGCAGCUGUGGUGCAAGCAGCAGUGUGAAGGCUACCGGGAUGUCAGCAUCACCAACAUGACCACCUCUUUCCGGGACGGCCUGGCAUUCUGUGCCAUUCUUCAUCGGCACAAACCAGACCUCAUAGACUUCAACGUCCUGAGUAAGGAAAACGUGUAUGAGAACAACUCUCUGGCAUUUCGAGUGGCUGAAGAACAGCUGGGCAUUCCUGCCUUGCUGGAUGCUGAGGAUAUGGUGGCUCUGAGGGUGCCAGACAGGCUGAGCAUCCUCACCUACGUCUCCCAGUAUUAUAACUAUUUCCAUGGACGGUCACCAAUUGGAGGCCUGUCUGGAAUCAAGCGUCCCACUUUUGAAUCGAGCGAGGAGCCACCUGGGAAAAAGGCCAUUUCGGAACCUAUCAAGCUGACUCCUGUAAGUUCACCAGCACCUCCAUCAGCUGCAGCCAAGAUAAACCCAGCACGUCCAGGGCAGGAUCUGCCAAAGGAAAAUCCUCCAGUGACAUCGAAGAGGAUCCUGGUAGACAGUGGUAAUCUUCGUAGCAGCAGCUGUGCCAUCUGUGGGAAUCACGUGCACCUGGUUCAGCGACACUUGGUCGAUGGGAAGCUCUAUCAUAGGAACUGCUUCAGGUGCAAACAGUGUUCCAACACUCUACAGUCUGGGGCCUACAAAACCGGGACCGAACCUGGUACUUACAUCUGUACCAGCCACCAACAGCCAACCAGUCUCUGGAAUUCCGGACCACGUAGCAUAGAGAACAAACCUACCAUGACCUCAGGAGAUCCUCAAAAGGUAUUGGUGAAAUCAAGUCAGUUAAACAAAGGCACCAAUUCCACCUCCGAUUCCCCCAGCUCCACCAUGCCAUCCAGGUCACCUGCUGGCAGCAGUUCUAGCUCUGGUCCCAAAAGCCUAAAUGCUCCAUGGUCCUCGUCAGCUGGGAAUAAAUCAGAUUGCCAUGAAGGUACCACUUCACCUUCUUGGACAGCAUCAGGAGCAAAAACGCAGCAAGCCCGAAAGAAGGUCUUCGAGUCCAGUGGGGGUACUUCAGAGUCUUUGACAGCCAAAUCACCGGCUACUAAAGAUCGAGGCCUUCCUCCUCUUCCCUCUCAGGCGGCUAGUAAAACCACCUCUGGCAUACGCGUUUCUGGGGCAAACUCAGGCGGCACUGAGAAGGAUAAAGCACGUCAACAUCUCACGCUGGCUCUUCCUGGAUCAAAUGCCACUGCAAACAGGCCAGGAGGAGUCCGUUCCAGUGGUUCCCCGCUGCCCAGCAGCUUUUCUCCCACUGUCUCCCCCAGGCAGAGUCCUGAUCACAAAAUACAGGCCAACAAACCAGGCCAUACAAAAAAAACAGAGCAUGCGGUCAUUGAACCUUCAUCCAAAAGUCCAGGAAACAAGGUGGGAGUUUGGGCUGCCACGCAGAAUGGAGAGAAGGGCCUGGCCACCCUCAGACCUGCCGACACAGGGCGUAAGCCUGACUGGAAGGACACCAGAGGAGGAGUGAAUGCCAAUGAAGAUAAGUCUGAGAACCCAGCCUCCUGGCGAUCCAUAUUGAAGCCAGUGGCCAACAAAGACUCCAGUCAGGGUGUUCCUAAGAAACCUGUGGACAGCUCCAAGGUGACGAACAACAUAGCCCUGAGCCCAGCACAGGGGAAGGAGAAAUCACCUUCAUCCAUUGCCACGCCAACAAAUAAGGACACUGUUCUGUCUGCUGCGCUGCCUCAAAAGAAGAAACUGAUCCCUGACAAGGAUCUUCUCAAUGACUGGCGAAAAUGGGGAGAGCCUCCUGUCCCUGCCAAGGAGAAGGAGUCAAGCCAGUCAAAGCGGGUUUCUGCUCCAGUUAAACCGCCAGCUCCAAAAAUCUUCCAGAGCCUUGUGAGCGAUGAAGUGGCAUCCCCGACCAAGCUCCAAGAAGACUACAUCCCUGAGGAAGAAAUCCAGGAGAAGGUGCGAAAGAUCGAAAAGCAGCUGGAUGAGCUGGAGCUCAAGGGAGUUGAUAUGGAGAAGCAUCUGCGUGACUGUGAGGGAGAUGAUUCAGAGGAUGCUCUCAUGGUGGAUUGGUUCAAACUGAUCCACGAGAAACAGCUGCUGCUGAGACUGGAGUCAGAGCUGAUGUACAAAUCGAAACAGCAGAAGCUGGAGGAGAAGCAGUGGAAUAUUGAGAGCGAGCUGCGGCGCCUAAUGGACAAACCAGAGGAGCAGAAGACCUACAUGGAGAAGAAGCGGGAGAAGGAGCUGCUGGACUCCUACUUGAACACCGUCAAUGACAGAAACGAUAUCGUGGAAUGUCUGGAUGAGGACAGACUCAGAGAGCUAGAGGAGGAUCAGAUGCUGGCAGACAUGCUCCAGAAGCUGGAUGCAUCUCCAGAGAGCCAGGAGCCCAACAAGAGGAAAAACAAGUUCCGCUGGUCCAAAAUAUGGAAGCAGAAAAGCAAGAAGAAAGCACAGCAGUGAAGUUCCCUGCAUGGCAGUGUGGAGCGCCAUGGCAUCCAGGAGAUGGUCCCUCCCCAGCGCUGCUUCUCUGGAGUCAGACAGUGCUCCUCUGCCCUGAGAGAAGGGGAUUCAGGGCAUGAGGACUGCUAGGGCAGUGUGAUUCCCCUCUCCUCCUAGAAGGAGCUCGAGGUGUUACCCACCCAGCUGAGUGAGAGCUGCAGCCUCUGCCAGGAGACUGGGACUUGGGAACUCUUGCUUGAAUUCUGCGCUGUGCCUUGCACUGAGCCAGCACUGGCCUGGCUCCCACUCCGCUGAGUAGAGCUGAUUUUCUCCCUGGCUGCUAGCUCGCUGGCUCUCUGGUCACACUAGUUCUGAUGCCCCCUGACCACCCCCUGCCACUGAAUGGGCAUGUGAAGGGGGAGCUGUUCCGCACCCUCCCUUCCAGCGUACGUUUGCUCCACGAACAUUUGGAAGCUCGAAGGGUGUCUACGUUGCAGUAAAACACCUGUCGUUGGCCCGUGUCAGCUGACGCGGGCUCAUGGGCUAUAAAACUCCAGUGUAGAUGUUCAGGCUUGGACUGGCGCCCAGGCUCUGAAACCGCAUGAUGGGGGAGGGUCCCAGAGCCUGAAUGUCAACACUGCAAUUUUAUAGCCCUGCAAUCCUGAGUCAGCUGCCACAGGCCAGCCAUGGGUCUUAUUGCAGUGCAGACCUGCCCUGCGGAGCCAGGAGUCGCCAUGGGCCCCCAGGGACGGAGGACCUCUCAGCAUCAGGAGCUGCAGGCCCCAGCAUGAACAGACUAGGAAGGGAGGGCGGGCACAGAGCUGGGGACCUGGCUCGCAUGGGGAGAAGGUUAGGGACGGGAAGGCCCUCGCUGGGCUCUGAGGAGAGAGGCUGCUGCAGGACAUUCAGCAGCACUUCGGCUUUCCAAACCACAGGGUGCUUGUCUGUCUGGGCCAGGCAUCUCCAUGACAUGACAUUCCUUGCUGCCCUCCGCAGGAAGGGGCAGGACUGUGCUUGCUGUCCUGGAGACUGGGCUGGAAAGUGGAGCUCUCGCUGCCUAUGGCCCGUCACUCUGAAGGUGGCAGCAGAACCUCUUGCAAUGAGCUGGUAACUCAGGAGCCCAUGUGCACGAUGGGGGUGAGCCGCCCACCCCUCCCCCAGCCACAUUCUCUUAGUGGGGUAAACAGUCGUCUGCUGAGGCUCUUUUAAUGGUGAGCCAGCUGCUCCCCGGGGUCCAAGUCUGCUGCAGUCAGGCUGGGAUGGAGAAGGCAGCCGAGGAGGGAGGUCUUUGCUGAGCUGAAGGAGUCUCAAGUGAAGGCCUCUCUCCUCACCCCUCCUCUCUGCACAUACAGGAAAGGACUGUAGCCAUGCGUCUGAUCCGACAUGCAUACACACCUGGCCUACAGCUCUGUCACUCAGGGCGCUGGGCACCGUGGAGGAAGACGGGGAGGAGGGAUUACAAAUCUUAAUUUGAUCCCCAAUAGCACUUAGAAUCUCCCUGCGUUUAUUCCCCUGCUCCAUCACAAUGGAUCUCCUUAGGAUGCUCUGCUCCUGCAUCAAAGAGAGACUUUCUCAUUGGAAGGUGGUCACCGCCACGCUCUCAGGAUGGAAGUCUGCGGCUUGAUACCUGUGCCUCGAAGUAUGGUGGCGUAAUGUUCUCCAUCUCCACCAGGUGGCAGUCUGGUCCUCUGACCAGGUUGCUUUGCCCAGGGCGGUGAACAGCUGAUUUGCUCAGGAAGUACUAAUGCUUUUCCUGUACAGUGUGUGCUGUAUCUGUAUAGUCAGCGCCGGCAUUUGGGGAUUCACUUUAUAUUUGCAUACGUUUCUAUUCAAUAAAUAAUAAAAUUUUAGAGGAAAA